CUGCCAGAAGAAGGAGAAGAUCGAAAAAAAAAUUUGACAGAGAGAGAAACAGACAGAGAGCGAUGGAAACAGCUGGAUUUCUGCAACGAAUCGGGAACGUCUGAGUUUCUACAUAAACCCACCUCUCUCUCUCUCUCUCUCUGUGUUUUCUCUCCUUCGUUGUUCGAGAUUCGCAGUCAAAGUUUCGGUUUUUCACUUCUGGGUUCUUCGUAUUUUCAACUCUGGAACCGUGGAUUCUUCGGAAAUGGAGAAGCGUUUGGAAUCGACGGACCAGGUGGUGGAGGAGAUCACGAGGAUUCACAGAUCCUUGCCGCCGAGGCCUGGGGUUGACGAGGUUGAAGCAGCGAGGGCUCUGAUGCAGGACGUGGAGAAGGAGGAGCAGGCGCGCUUGGAAGCCAUUGCUGAGCAGACGACAGGCUCCGAGGUUCCUGAGGAGCUUUUCAUGGUGUUGCGGGAGAUGAAGAAGGGCCUUGUUUGCUUUCAGAGCAAAGAACAGAAGAGGGAGGCUCUGAAGCUCCUCGAUCUGGAAUCCGUCCACGCUCUGUUCGACGAUUUGAUUCAGAGAGCUUCAAGUUGCGUUUCUUCUCCUCCUUCCUCCAACAAUUCUGCUCCUGCUCGGCCUCCGCCGGGGGCUCCGUCGCCCGCACCGGCUUUUUCUGCAUAUUCUCCGACAAGUUUGAGUUUUUCCGACAAGGGGCAUGUUAAGUGCAAGGAGCUCUUCACACGCGACGAUAGCUACGUUACAAAGGCCAAAUCUUCGAUUUACAGCGACGGUGUUGUAGCCACUCGCAAACCCCAGAUUCUGGAUUCAACGCUUCAGUCCGGCCAAGAUGGGGAGAAGCUGAGUUUGAUCAAAUUUGCAAGCUUGAUCGAGGGAUCGGUUAAGAAAGGUACUCAGGCUCUAAAUCUGCAGAACAAACUGAUGGAUCAAGUUGAGUGGCUUCCGGAUUCUAUAGGCAAGUUAUCGAGCCUGGUUACGUUAGAUUUGUCUGAAAACCGUAUCGUGGUAUUGCCAAAUACCAUAGGAGGCCUUUCGUCCUUGACGAAGCUCGAUUUACAUUCUAACAGUAUCUCUCAGCUCCCCGACUCUAUGGGAAAUUUGUUGAACUUGGUCUAUCUUAAUCUUAGUGGAAACCGGUUAUCGUCUCUGCCAUCCUCGUUGAGCAGAUUGGUACGUCUAGAGGAGAUUGAUUUAAGCUCCAACAGCCUCUCUAUUCUUCCUGAAUCUAUUGGUUCUCUCAUCAGCCUCGAGAAACUCGAUAUCGAAACCAAUGAUAUUGAAGAGAUUCCACAUACUAUUGGCGGGUGUUCUUCGUUAAAAGAACUCCGUGCAGAUUAUAACAGACUUAAGGCUCUACCAGAAGCUAUCGGGAAGAUAACUACCUUAGAGGUUCUGUCUGUCCGUUACAACAACAUCCGACAGUUGCCCACGACAAUGUCAUCUUUGUCCAACCUUAAAGAGAUGGAUGUGAGUUUCAAUGAGCUCGAGUCAGUUCCAGAGAGCUUAUGCUUUGCCACAACGCUUGUCAAGUUGAACAUCGGGAACAAUUUCGCAGAUAUGCAAUCACUCCCGAGGUCAAUCGGUAAUCUCGAGAAUCUUGAAGUAUUGGAUAUCAGCAAUAACCAGAUCCGGGUCCUCCCGGAUUCCUUCAGAAUGCUUGCACGGUUACGUGUUCUCCGUGCUGAGGAAAAUCCCCUCGAAGUACCUCCCCGGGAUAUAGCUGAAAAAGGCGCUCAGGCGGUUCUUCGGUAUAUGACUGAUCUCGUUGAGAAGAGAAACACGAAAACUCAAAUGGUUAAGCAGAAAAAGAGCUGGGUCCAGAUGUGUUUCUUCUCCAAAUCCGACAAGAGAAAACGGAACGGAAUGGAGUUUGUAUAAACCGAAUUGAUUCCGACCCGGAUCAUAAGGUAAUUCAGUUACAACUGUCGCCGCCAUUGAGGCAUUUGAUCUCCAAGAACUGUAGAUGCCCUUAUUCUUUCUUUCUUUCUCAUUUGCAUGCACCAUUCUUAAUUACAGUUUCAUGCAUACAUCUAUAUAUAUAUAUAUAUAUGUGUGUGUGUGUGUGUAUAUGUAUACACGUAUGUAUACUCGUUUUCUUUGGUUUCCCGUUUAGGACUGAACUUGGACAGCAAAUUCAGACUCGCCCCCCUUGUAAAAAUCGAGGUUUUUUUACAGUUACCCUUCUCUGUUUUUAUGGUA